CAAAAAUGUGGAAGAAUUCCGCAAGACAAAUGAGAUAGCGGCUAGCAUAUAUGUAUGCCCUAAUCAAAAGACAGAAUAUUCAUUUAAAAAAUUCUCCACUGCGUAGUUUUCUCUAUAGUCACCGAAAAUGAAGCUGGCUCUUAUUUUAUUCUUAACCUGGGUUGUUUUUCUACAUUUUUUUGAGUUAGUUAGUCCAUCUGGAGAAGGAUCUGAGAGACAGCCUUGUCCUUCUCGAAAUUAUCUAUGUGCAGGAACUAACUUUAAUGUUAUUGUAGGUACUACUAGGUCACAUAUUCCUUCUCGUUUUGUAGCGAAAACACGAGAGGGGGGUUGGCGAAAUAUUGACCAUACUUAUCGUAGUUUGACAAAUCGAGCUCUAUUCAUCGUUUUAGUAUAUGACGAGUCUAAGUAUCUGAGUGGACUGUAUGACUCACAAACUCACAACCGAUUCAAAGUGAACAGGUUCAACUCAACGGACAUCCAACCAAUGCGACCAGAAGAAGAAAAAGAAUUUCCGGACCAAAAAGAUUAUAAUCCACCAGUAAUGGUAUAUACGAGACGGGGAAAUCGUCAAAAUUCAAGUUAAUUCCGAAAAAUAUAAAGCAAUUUUGUUUUGUGAAGCAAAGUCAAACCAAAACG